AUAUAUAUAUAUAUAUAUAUAUAUAUAAAUGGCAGGCUGCUCUCUCCUGUCUGUCUGUUCCCUCCUUGCGCCUUGAUCGACUUCAUCUCCAGCACACGCAGCCCAGUCCUUUCUGAUUCCUACCAGUCUCUCUCGUUUUUCUUUUGAUUCGCUUCCCCGUUCGUUUCCCGCAGUCGCCACUUUGCAUACACCCCUUUUCGGCCAUGAUGCUGCCAUCCAUGUCCCCUCGGGCUCUCCUUACCGUGGCGCUGGCCGCCACGGCUGCUGCUGCUGCCACCACCACUUCUGGCGGCCCCAGCCUGAAAUACCGGCGACAGAACAGCUCGGCGACUGACGGUGCCAAGAAGCUGUUUGUAGGGGGUGGGCCCUCGGGCAUCGUUGCAGCCGCCGACUUCGAUGGCGCCGCCUUCAACAUCGUCGCCAACGACUCCACUGCCGGCACCUCGGCCAGCUGGAUGGUGUUCAAGGAGCCAAACCUCCUCUAUGCUGUCGAGGAGAACAGCAACGACACCAGGCUCUUCAACUUUGAUGCUGCCACCAACGACCUGAAGCUGGUCCAGACUGCCGAGGGAUCUUCCGGGGUCGUCUCCCUGGAGUUCAACCAGGACAAGACCGUGUUGGUUGGUGCAGCCUUUGGUCAGGGGCAGAUCGACGUGUGGGAUGUCUCGGCUCCCGACGGAACCCUCAAGCUCCUCAAGCAGAUUCCCGCAGGUGGCACUCCCGGUCCGGUCUCAGGACGCCAGGACAGUCCUCACCCUCAUCAGGCCCUUCUUGACCCCAGUGGCCGCUUUUUCGUCGUCAACGACCUUGGAACCGACUCCAUCCUCGUCCUCGACAGUCAGAACGACUUCAACAUCUCCAACCGUGUCACCGUCGAGGCCGGCAGCGGCCCCCGCCACGGCGCAUUCAUCCCUGCUGGCGCCGACAGGGCCACCCACUACUUCCUGGCCUGCGAGAUCACCUCGGUGGUCAAGGCCUUCGAGCUGACCUACACGGGGGACAACCUGGAGCUCAGGGAGGUGCAGUCCCUCUCGUCGUUCGGCGCCGACUUCCCACCUGCCGACGCCAAGGCGGCGGCGGCGGGCGAGCUGAUGGCCAGCUCGUGUGGGAAGCACCUCUACGUGUCGAACCGGCUGACGGGCAACGCCACGGACAGCAUCUCGCACUUCUCCAUCGACACGGGCAACGCGGGCGCCCCGCUGGCGUUUGUGGACCAGGUCAGCUCGGGCGGCCUCGUCCCGCGCAUGUUCUCGCUGGCCGCCGACGAGAGCGUGCUGUUCUCGACGAACCAGGACGGGGACAACGGCCUGCUGGCGCUGGCCAGGGACCCAUGCACGGGCAGCCUGACCGAGGCCCCCGUCGCCAGCCUCACCGUGGACAAGUUCGGAGGCCCCAGCUUCGGGCCUCAGUUUGUGAUGGAGCUCGGCGCGACGGGGAGCAACUCUUAGGUUGCCUCUUAGGUUGCUGUUUGUGCCGCCCCUAUGAUGUUUUGUUUUUUUGGUAGCGUAGACAAGAAAUGAAUGCGCAAGCUCAUGCAUACACAUGCAUAUACAUACAUACACACACAUACGCACCCCCGGGAAGACGGAUUAGGAAAUGCCGUAGAUGGGCAUGGUGGAGAGUCAGGC